UCGUACUUGAAGAUCAAACGUCUUUAUGUCUAUUUAAGAAAGCGAGGUUAGCCUUUCUAGCAAGAUGUAUACACGAAAGCCUCGACUAUACAUCUCUACAGGAGGGAGCUGUCUAUAGAGUCUGAACAGUAAUUUAACAUUUCAUUCACAAAGCAACAGAUAGUGCUUUCUAAGUAGUUCCCUCCUCUUGUCUUUCAAUUCUAUGUUGACAUAAAUAGCCCAAGAAAAGGGUAAUGAUGUUAGCUUAGCUUCCUAGCUGGGAAUACGAAGACACAAGCGACAAAUUCCGCACCAGAAUCCGUUUUUUUUUUUUUUUUUUUUUACCGCUGUUCCUGCUUGAAAAUGUCUAGAGUCCAAAUAUUAAGAUCCCUAGUGAACCAGAGACUGUCUGCGGCUGCUGAAGAGAUUUUCGAGCUGUUUGAAAGAACGAUAGCAGAAUAUGAGGAGGAACUUUACCGAUCCAGACAGAUGCAACACAAACACUCGGCUGUUGGUGUUAACCCUGAGUUACACAGAGCAGACUUUCAGCAGCUGGUAGUGAGAAAGGAAGAGGUUCAUCCCACGGAGCAGGAGAGGAGCUCCAGUAUGAACCAGGAGGAGCCACUAGAACCAGCACACAUUAAAGAGGAACAGAAGGAACUGUGGAGCAGACAGGAGAGAGAGCAACUUCAAGGAGCAGAGGAGGCUGAUAUUAUCAAAUUUACAUUCGCUCCUUACCCUGUAAGAAGCAAAGAGGAUGAUAGAAGGAAACAUCAGUCCUCACAGCUUGAUAAAAACCAAAGUGAAGAGAACAGAGACACAGAGGAUUUGAAAACAGAAUCUGAUGGAGAGGACUGUGGAGGAUCAGAAGCAGACAGAGAGUCUCAUCCAGAAAAUCUUUUACGUCUUUCAACUUCAUACCUUUCUGGAUCAAAUAGUGAUCACAGUAGUUUUUAUUUUGAAGAAAGAAGUGAUCCUCAGUCAGGUUUUUACCCUCUGCAAAACAAUGAGAAAAGAGUGAAACCAUUUAGCUGCUCUGUUUGUGGUAAGAGAUACCCCCAGAAAAGAUCUUUAGCAAAUCACAUGAGGCUUCAUUCAGAGGGAAAAUAUUUCAGUUGUUCCAUUUGUAAGAAGACUUUCCCAUGGAGAAGAGACGUUCUGACACACAUGAGAAUCCACACAGGAGAGAAACCCUUCAGUUGCUCCCUCUGUGGAUCAAGGUUCUCUCAAAGCUCCCACCUGACCUUACACUUAAGAGUUCAUACAGGGGAGAAACCAUUCACCUGCUCUGUGUGCAAUACAAGUUUCAGUGUUAGGAAGAGUUUAGUCGAUCACAUGACAACCCAUACAGGAGAGAAACCAUACAAGUGUUUAGUUUGCGGUAAAAGAUUUGCACAGAAUGGAGCUCUAAGGCGACACUCAGCUGUCCACACGGGGGAGAAACCCUUUCAUUGCAGUGUUUGUGAUAAAAGAUUUACUCGGCUUGAGCAUGUGAAAAAUCAUAAGUGUGCUGGUGAGAAGAGCAAGAAUAGAUAAGGCCAUGGAAAAGCUUGCGGAACUACAUUUUCUGUCUGAUUUUACAUAGCCAAAACAUGUGAAGGCUCCAAAAUAAGCCAUGUUUUGUUUUAUUACCUUCAUUCAAGACAAAGAUUUAUUUGUCUGUACUUCACACACCAGAUAGACCAUUAAUGGCAUGGAAUUUAUUUUGCAUCCAUCUGGAAAACAACCAUCUCUAAGUGGUGAGGAUAGAACCUUUCUAAAGAAAUUUGAAGGAUGGUUGGAUUAAAGUUAUGUCUGUAACAUUCAUUACGGGCCAAUCAGAGCUACAAAACGUACAGUGGAGUAGGUAAGCUCUGCAACUCAAGAAGAUAAUUAUGUACUGCAAGCUUGACAGGCAGCCAUAGUCAUGUCAACACAUGAUACUUCACUGUCAGUGAAGCCAGUUGGUGAGUAAAACUCUUGCCAAACCCAGUCAGGAUUAUAGAAAAAAAAACAUAAUUUCCACCAGCAACAGCUUUCAGUGUGGUUCUUUGCUCUUCUUUUAAGUGUUGUCAAGUGCAUCCAAGCUUCUCUCUUUACCAGCCAUCAUUGUUUACAGGCUUGCAGUCACUUCAACUCAAACCCUACCCAUACCGAUUGCCUUUUUCUCCUCAAAUGAAGCUAACUGAUCAUUCUCCUCUGGGAACAACCAUAUCAUCUCGAAACUUGACGAUAGAAAAAAAAUCUGGCAAGUCUAUCUGGUUAGUAGGACGAUUUUGGAAACUUUCUUUUUCUAUGUCUUGUCUUUCUUUACCAUUAUAUCCAUCAGAGCUUAGUGGAAGAUUACUAUGAUCAAGAUGACCUUGGAAUGCCACUGGAUCUUCCAGGAGCUGAGAAACACUGCAAAGGAGAAGGAUAGCUCACACAGAUUUCUGCCAAAGAAUUCUGAUCCCAGUGAGAUUAUAUUAAAAAAGUGUAUGGGCACACUAUCAUGAAAUCCCAUGCUGCCUGGAAACAAUGUGAACCAUUUAAUGAUGAGAAACAAGCCAGCUCAUGUAUUUGUAUUUGUAAUUCUUUCACUAUGGUGUUUAUUUCAGCACAUGAUCAAAAAGAAGAAAAAAAAUAUUCUCUUUGAGUUUUUGAGUAAAAAAACAACUCUUCAAAUAUGAUAUACAUGUCCACAAGAGCAAUAAAGUGGUAACUUUUCUCAUCAUUUCUAUGCUUAGAUUUUUUUAAAUAUUGCUUCAGUAUAACCCACAUUUGUUUACGUUGAAUAUAGUGGCUGAAUGAUCAGGUCCUUCAUGUUACAAUGUUUGUAAUAAACUCUGGAUAAGUUCACAAACAGAAAAAGAGAAGUCCAUACCAAAGCCCUUAAUAACUUCAUAGUAGGAAUGCAGUAAACAUUCAAACUGGGAAUAUUCACUGGGUACAUGACUUCCAGGGUCAGUUUUAGACAUUGCAGGUCACAGACAAAGACCGGAAUAAGGCCCUACUUGAUUUUGCUAUAGGCAACCAUAGUGACGAAUUUGCUAUUUAGCUGACAGCUGCUGCUUCAGGAGAGCUCUGCAUUACCUUCUGUGCACUGUCCUCUUUGGAUAAAUUCCUGUCGCAUUUGUCUCUGCCAGCCUCUCUCCUUAUUCUAGCAUCACUGCUAAUAUAAGCAUGUAAAACCUUUAUUGAUUUAAGAGGAGGAGGUAUAAAUAUGUCAAUAUAUCAAUAAAAACAAAUAACCUACAAUUUGCAUAAUUUAUUUCAGUAUUUUCAUUUUUCUCUACCUUUUGGUGGGAGGUUGCAGCAUUAUUUCUAAUUUCAUUCAUUUAGCCUUAUUAGUAU